CUGCCCGUCCAGCGCACAAGCUUCAAAUCUCGAUCUUGAUGCUGCCCGACACCCCGGAACAUCAGAUAAUCCGGCUACCCAACCCUAAAAUCUCAGGGGUUUCCUUCAGCCAACCGGCGCCAUAGGAAACACGUCGCUCCACUAAUUUGCCGGCUGGACGGGCGGCCCCUGACCAAGUGGACUGGACAGGCCCUUCCGACAACACACUUCGCGAUGCUGUUGGCGAUCAAGCACAAGCACGCAUGAACUUUCGACAACUAAGCAUCCAUUCCUAUAUCACCACCGCCAUAUACCCAGCUGGCGGGUGCGGGUCAACUAUGGUAAGGGCCGGCAUAGGACUGGUCAGCGCAGCACAGUGCAGUGCAGCUUAGGAUGCCAUUUAUUGGGACGGUGAGUAUCGCAGUGGGCAAGGUAGAUCUGUCUGCGUUUCUGGCAAAGUAAAAACUCUUCCACAGUCUCUCUCUCCUUCAGCGCGUCAUUCCUCUCUCUUUUCUCUUCGUCAACACCGUCUACGGUAUUUUUUAUUCUACCUUCGUUGCACCAUGGCGCCGAAUUCACGCCCUCCCUUAACUUCACGCAUUCGUGCCUCUUUCGAAGGCCGACGCAAAUCCUUCGAGGGAACCCGCAAACUCAGCAAAUCCGGUCGGGGGACGACUGCAGAUAGUAAUGGUAAUGGUGCCAAUCAGGAAGUCAGAAGUCCUACCGCUAUAGACUCUGAAGUCGACAGCCCGCUACAUACGACUGGCUUCAUUACGCAGGAUCCCAACGCCAUACGAGAUGCCGUUGAUCAAGCAAUCAAUGGCGAGGCGUUCCAAACUGCCAUUGCGGCAAACCUGGCGAAACUCAUCAAACCCUCAAUAAAAUCGGCCUUGGAUACCAUACAGCCGGUGGUGGAAGCAGUCUACUCACACGAGAUGCUCCUGAGGAAAACGAAUCAGAGUGUGGAGGAUGUUUUGUCGCGGAUGGAUACAAAUGCCGAAACAGCUGCGGCAGUCAGAAGAGAGUCAUUCAUCGAUUCUACAUAUGUUGCACCAGGCACACCGGCAGAUGGAGAGAAAUCUGCAGAUGCAGUGGAAGGGGCUAUAAGACCACGGGAAAUUGGCGGGCCGGACUUUGAUCAGUUCAGACAGUUGAUGGAGGAACAUCACGCGAAGACACUUGCAACAAUCUCCGAGUCCAUCGAAACGAAUAAUACCAAAAUAGCGGAACUGGCACAAGGAGUCAGUGAACUAAAUGCCUCGGUAGGACCCACGAAAGAGAGUAUCGACUCGUUGAAGUCUGCUUCUGAAGAAGCAACUACCACUUCCUCGGUCCUCCAGGCCCAACUGGACCAAUUGAAGCUGGAUAUUGGGCAAAUCAUCGAGGCUAUUGGAGCGGAUCUGGGAAAGAACAUUCAGACCAUCAGUGAAAGAUCCGGAGCGGCGCCAGAUACCGAUCUACUAUCUUCACACACCACAAAGCUGGACCUUAUUUCUACAGACCUGGCUGCUUUGAAGGGACAUGCCGACACAGUUGAGAAGAUUGAUGCCAUAUCCUCAGAAUUGGGAGCUCUGAAAGCCAGUGUAGAAGCUGGUAAUACUUCAAAUGCCGAAGGUUUCACAAAUGUUCUCGCAGCAGUUGGAGAACACACCACCGUGCUAGGUGAAAUCAGAGAAAAGGCACCACAUCCAGAAAUUCUCGCAGCAUUACAACAAUCCAACGACUCUCACGCGCUCCAUACCACCACAUUGUCAGAAAUCAAAGAGCGAUCUCUCGGUUCUGCGCCAGCAGCUGUUGUCUCAGAAGGCGGCAGUGUUGACCACUCAUCUGCUCUUGAACAAAUACAGACUGAUCUCACAGCACUCAAAGAGAACAUUGCAGCAGGUCUUACGAAUAACAGCGACUUGGGAGUCAAAAUCGACACCGUUCUUACCACGAUCGAGGGAAAUAAGGCCGAGGAUCCAAGUGUGGAGAUCUUGGCUGCAGUGAAACAGUCCAACGAGUCGCAUGCGGCUCAUGCGGCUGCACUGGAAGGUCUCAAAUCUAAUAGUGCCGAUGUAAACCCGGAGUUGGGCACUCAGAUCACUGGAAUUGUCGGAAAGCUGGAUGAGCACAGUACUGCACUGGAAGAGAUCAAGGCCUUCGGUGGAACACAUACUGCUGCUCUCGAGGGCAUCAAAUCGACUUCAGCAGAGCCCCCAGCUGAUGCUGGCGACCUCUUGACUCAAAUUGCAGCGAUACUUGCCAAGCUCGACACCCAUACUGCAGUGCUGGACGAGAUUAAGGGAGGAUCAGGCUCUACAAAUUCGGAAUCCACGCCUAUCGAUACAGGUGAUAUCACAACUCAGAUUGGUGCUAUCACCACAAAGCUGGAUGCCCAUGCCGCUACCUUGGAUGAGAUCAAGGGUCUUAGUGGAGCCCAUGCUACUGCACUUGAAGGUCACGGUACAGCAUUGGAAAGCAUCAAAUCUGUUGCGCCAGAGAAUUCUUCGGUCGAUACCAGUGAUCUCACAGCCCAGAUAGACGCCAUCGUUGCCAAGCUUGACGCUCAUACUGUUGCUCUGGACGAGAUCAAGGGAAUUGGUGGCUCUCAUGCUACUGCAUUGGAGGGAAUCAAAUCCAUCAGCCCCGAGUCCGCCCCAACCCAAGAGACCGGCGAUCUCAAUACUCAUAUCGCCACGAUCGUCGGCAAGCUUGAUGAGCAUUCUUCAGCUCUAGAAGAACUUAAGGGACUUGGUGGAUCUCACGCGACCGCUCUUGAAAGCCACGGAGCGGCUUUGGAGGGUAUCAAGUCUUGGAGUCCUAGUGCACCGGCCGAAGGAGGUAAUGCCGACCUGGAUGGUCAAAUCGCUGCGAUUGUCGCCACGCUUGAGAAGCACGGAGCAGCUCUGGACGAGAUAAAGACUCAAACCACGACGAUUGAAAGUCACGGUCCUCUCUUAGACGAGAUCAAGACAUCCGCUACCGCCCAUACUACAGCUCUCGAGAAUCAUGGAGCUGCUAUUGAAGGCAUCAAGACUCUAAGUGCUACGGUGCCAGCUGAAGGCGGAAAUUCAGCUUUGGAUACCCAGAUCGCUGCUAUUGUUGCUACUCUUGACAGUCACGGAUCUGCCUUGGAUGAGAUUAAGACUUCGACUGGUACCCACAUUACUGCACUAGAGAGUCACGGAACCGCUCUAGAGGGUUUGAGGUCUCUGCACUCAUCUUCGCCAGCCGAGGCCACAGAUGCUCCAGGUAUUGAAAGUCAGAUUGGUGCGAUCAUCACAACUCUCGAAAGCCACGGCGCUGCAUUGGAAGAAAUCAAGACAGCUGGUGGGGCUCAUACGUCCGUUUUGGAUGAGAUCAAGACCUUUGGCACAGCUCAUGCAACAGCACUUGAGACCCACGGUUCUGUUCUGGAGGACAUCAAGUCUCGUAGUGUCGAACCAGUGCUCGCGGAAGGUGGAAGUGCUGGUCUUGAAAGACAGAUAACCGACCUUGUUUCUAAGUUGGAUUCACAUGGUUCUGUCUUGGAGGAAAUCAAGGGUAGCACUGGAUCCCACUCAUUAGUUUUGGACGAGAUCAAGCUUGCCACCACCACACAUGCCGACGUCUUAGAAGGUAUGAGAUCAUCUGGCAUCCCAACCGCGCCUGCUGUAGACCCCAUGAGCCUCGCAGCUCUCGAAAUCCAGAUCGGAUCUAUUAUCAGCACUCUGGAGACACACAGCGCAGCAUGGAACGAGAUCAAGGCUAGGAACUACCCAGAAAGUACAGCAGUCGUGCCAACGGAGGGAAGUGAUAGCGGGACACCAGAUGGGCCUUUCGCAAUCAUCAUUGAGACUCUCACGCAGCACACCAACCUGCUCAACGAGAUCAAGGAAGAUGUCGCAGCAGAAAUACUCACUGCUCUGCACGAUAUAGGCCAAACCCAGGCAAAUCAAACAAAUCUCCUCACGGAGAUUAGAGAAGCUGAUCUCGAUGACGAGAUACUGACUCUGUUGCAUGCCUCUAGUGAUUCUCACUCUAGCCAUACUUCUGCGCUGGAUAAGAUCCACUCUGCCGUUGUCAUAUCUAAUGAGUCGCAUACUGCACAUACUACUUCUCUGGAUGAGAUCAAGUCCAGGUCCAUCGAACCUGCUCCUGCUGGAGCGUCGACUGACCUUGGCGAUCUAAGAGAGAAAAUCAGUGGUAUCGUAGAGAAGCUGGAGGAGUACAGCGCAACUCUCUCUGCUAUCAAGGAUGCCACCGCUGCUUCCAACGACUCUCACGCCGCUCAUACCACAUCCUUGGACGAAAUCAAGUCGAGAUCCAUUGACGCUACUCCUGCAGAGGGUGCUAAUCUUGGAGGACUAGAAGCACAGAUCGGAGAUAUUGUCACGAAGCUUGAUGAUCAUACUGCGGUUCUAUCGGCAAUCAAAGAUGCGACGAGUGUCUCUAAUGAGUCCCAUACUGCUCAUACUGCAAUCUUGACGGAGCUCAAAGACCAGUCCGCCUCGUCUCUCGAAUCGCAUACUGCACAUGCUACGAUUCUGGGCGAGAUCAAAGACUCUACUAUCGCGUCGAGAGACUUGCACUCAGCUCAUGCUACCUCGUUGUCUGAGCUCAAAGAAGCAACAUCUGGCUUCAACGACAAUCACGCCGCCACAUUGUCAGAAAUCAAAGAAGCGACAUUGGCUUCUCAGGAUGCCCAUGCAUCUCACACAGCAGCCUUUACAGAACUCAAGUCAAUACAGCCUGGCGUUACUCCAGCAGCAGAAAGCAGCGACCUCUCUUCACUAGACACGCAGAUCAAAUCUAUCCUCACUACAUUGGAAGCUCAAACUGCUACUCUUUCUGCAAUCAACGAAGGCACAGCAAAUCCAAACCCAGAGAUACUCGCGGCUAUACAGCAAUCCCAUGAAUUGCUAACCUCACAUGGCCCAUUGCUAGAGGCCAUCAAGGAAGGCACAUCACAUGCUGAUAUCCUCACCAACAUCUCUGAACUCAAGUCUAUUCUCGAAGACUCUAAAGCUGAUGUCGCUUCCCACGGCGCGCUGGUUAAGGACCUGCACGCUGAGACUAAAGACUCCCACUCCAAUCUCGCAUCAGCCAUUGGUGCUCUGGCAGUCGGUGGUGCAGCCGGAGCAGGAGCGACUGUCCUCUUGUCAAAAGACGACGAUGAGUCCAGCUCAGCCGUUCUCGAUGAAGUCAAAGCCGUACGAGCUUUAAUCGAGACCAGUGCCGCAAAUGUGGAGGAUACGAAAGAGAAAGUCACUACCCUAGCAGCUCAGAUCGAGAUCAACCAUACCACUAUCACUACAAGCAUCACCACGUUAAGCGAUGAGCUCAAAGCCGAAAUUGAUGCUAGCGGUACCGGAAUCGUGGAAUCGAUCACAACUCUGGAUGGAGAUGUCAAAGCCAUUGAUGUUGCUCCACUCUCGGCUUCCCUACAGCAACAAAGCCAGGACAUCAAAUCCCUCUCCACUCAGCUCGAGGCUCUUGACGGCAACAUCAAGGAGAACAACACGCACAUCACCACUCUCCACAGUGGCGUCCACUUCAAUGACAUCGGCAUCGACCAAUUGAAAGACCAUGCUGUCUCGCGCUCUGUGGUUGCACCUUCUGGGGCUGUGGCAAAACAAAUGUCAAUGGCAGAAGGUGCCUGGUUUGGAAGUGCCUGGAGUGGGAGUCGAAGUCCAACGCUCUCGAGAGUCGUGUCGAGGGACCUAGUUGAGCCAGUUCCUGAGACUGUGGAAGGAAUCAAAGAAGUCGGUUCUAACGAAGACUUGCCAAUCGCAGAAGAGGUUGUAGAGGCUGUUGCUGAACCUAAAGUCGUCUCUGAAGGAGAAGAGAAGCCUGAAGGUGCCUUGUCGCCUAUCACCGAGGAGGAGAGUAUUGCUGACCGCGAAGCCCCAGUCGAGGACCAGCCCGUACUAGUGGACGACGCAUCAAGCGCAGAGGAACCCGAAGUCGUUGAAGCUGAAUCACCAGUUGAAACCCCAGCUGCUGAAGAUACUUCUGCUGACGAGCCUGAAGCGGUCCCUGAAGUGAAUGACAGUGAAGAGUUGCCGAAGGAAGAGGAAGUCGUGGAAGCCGAUUCACCUUCCAAGGAAUCUGUGGCUGUCGAUGCAGCUAUUGUUGAGCCUGAAAUCACUGCCCCGGUAGAUGAAGAAGAAACCUCCGAGGAUGACCCAGCACCUAUCGUCGAAGCAGACGCUGUUGUCGAACCCGAAGCACUGACUGAGGAUCAGCCCGUGACAGAUGAAAUUUCUGGUGAGGUUUCGACCGCAGAGGAAGUCGUUGAAGCGGAAUUACCAACAUAUACCCCGGAUGUUGAAGAGGCUUCUGUCGACGAGCCAGACUCUCUCCCAGAUGUCGUCGAUGACGCUCAACAAUCGACUGAAGAUUCUGUUCCCGCUGCUGAGCCAGUCGAGGACGCUGCGGAGGCUAAGGAGAUCGAGAUCGAUGAUGAUUCGCCGCAAGAGAAGGAAGUUGACGAGGACGUUAAACUCGACACGACAGCCGAUGAGCAAUUGUAUACUGGAGACGCGGCUGUUGAGACCGAGUUGACGCCUACCGAGCCAGAGCCGGUAGCAGAAUCUCAUGAGGAAAGCUUAGAGCCACGAGCUCCUUCUCCUGAAGCUGCUGUUGAAGAAAGCGUCGUUAAUGAUUCGCAAGCCCUUGCGGACGAGUCAAUGCAGCCUGACGCAGAGGCAGAUGAACCUACUGCUGAGACAUCUGCAAACGAAAUAGCGAAUGGAUCAAUUUUCGAUGAAAGUCACCUCGAAGUUGAGGCUGCGAAGGAGAUUGCAGAGCCAGAUUUAGAGCAGCACGUGGAGACCGAACCACAAGUUGAAGCCGAACCAGCCGCAAUAUCGGACGACAAAGACAUACCUGAAGGCACAACAGUUCGGGAGCCCGAGCACCAAUCCGAGGAUGACCCAAUAACUGGUGGAGCACCCUCAGAGCAGGGUGACGAGCAUGCGCCAACUGUACUUGGACAUGCUAUGGACCUGCCAAACCCAGAAAUUGAGGAACCAUCAACAAGCGAUCUCCAGUCCGAUGGAGAAAUAUCCAGACCCUCUCCCAUUGAGCUAGCCCAGGGUGACCAUCCUCCUGACAGUCCCUUACCCUCGUUGGACACUGCCGUAGAAGCACAACCUGAUGUCUUUGAACACGAUGAGGCUCUUCCUUCCUCGGAUGCGAACUGGCCUCUUUCCACUCACGAAACCGUGGAAACCAGCUCACCCUUCAUCGAAUCACCUACCAAUGCCCUAGAUCUCGACGAGCCUUUCACCAGUUACCGGAUAGAACAAGCUCCCUUCCCAUCUGCUCAACAUAAUCUCCUUGGAGACCAGGAUCUAGACUCCGGGCAUGCCACACCUCUCGACGAUGCUCGAUCCAAUCCUUUCGAGGACUCGGACAACCUGCUUUCACCUGCGUCAGUACUCUCACCACAAGCUGAGAUUGAUGCUCCUACAUUCCCCGCGCAUGGCCGCAUGGAGUCUAUAGACGAGAGUGGGUUUAGGUCGCCAGAUUCUGACGCGAUACCCCCAGCAACUUUCCCAGUAUUCCCGGCCACUGUCCAACACGCUGGCCAGCAACGAUUUGAAGACUCAGAUGAUGUAAUGUCGCCUACUUCUGAAUAUGAUGCCCCUGUAUUCUCAGACACGAGGCAACUUGCACCAGGUCACGCAGCAAGGCAUGAUUUAACGCGAGAGUUUGACACACAAACUCCGCAACCGACUUUCCCAUCAUUCCCAGGAACUGGUCAAGGUCUCGAGCAGAGAGACUACGAGGAUUCGGACGAUGUGAUAUCUCCUUCGUCCGAAUACAACGCCCCAGCCUUUUCAGAUAUGAGACAGAGGACCCCUAACCAAAAUCAGCCUUUCGACAGUCCCGAAUUUACUCCCGCGCCAUCGUUCCCUGUAUUCCCUGGAACCGCUCAACAUUCUCAGCAACGAUUUGAUGACUCGGAUGACGCCAUGUCACUUGGAACCGGAUAUGAUGCUCAUGGAUUACCACAUAUGACACAGGAAUCUCCAUUCCAUAGCCGCCAACCCGAUACUUCCUAUGAUCCGUCGUCUCCACAGUUUGAACGCGAUCCCGCCUCUCGGCCCCACGGCUUACAACGUGAGAGUAGCUUUGACUACCAGCAAGAAAACUAUGAGCCCGCAAUGCUACCUAGAAACCUUUCCGGUCAGCAUCCCGCCCAAGAAUAUGACGAUGAUGACUUUAGAUCUCCUCACGACACUGGAUUCGCUUCCAGAGGUCUCGGUCGAAGGUCUCCACUGCAGCCACUAGAUGAUGACGACUACCGAGCUGGUCAGUACGAGCGUUACAGUCCCGGGCCGGAGUUCUCUGACUUGCGACAACGAUCGCCUGUAGACUCUCAACGCUUCGAUGAGUCCCAUGGAACUCUACCGCCCCAUUUGCAGCUAGAUCGAGGUUUCCCAGCUGCCAGGCAGCGAUCACCAAUUCAACCAUUCGAGGACGAGUACAGCUCUCCUCAACAACAGCGAUAUAGUCCCGAGCCCGAAUCAUCACCUUUCAUCCAACGUCAGUACUCACCCGAGACGACGCCGCCCCGUCCUGGCACCCUACGUCAUCACCUCCAACUCGACACCACCCCACCCUUCAGGUCAACGUCUCCGAUAGAUCCCUACUCUGAGCGCGACUCCGAAAUCGUCUCACCCAGCUCCGAAUUCGCCGUCCCCAUCACACCAGGCAUGUCUGCGCGACUAGCUUCCAACCCCGCCGCUCAAACCGACGACGUUCGCUCUCCAGAGUCCGAAUUCGACGAGCCCACGUUCCCUACUCAAUCCUACAAAGGCAAAGCCAUCACUUCACCGGGCCCACUAUCUCCUGAUCUCGGCUCACCCGCCGACUUCGGAUUCAGUCGUGAGGAAACUGAGACGGAACCUGAGUCUGCGCUUGCUAGUCCUACCAGCCCUGUGUUCUCCGAGGGAGGCACGAUGGUGGAGAAGAGUGGUGGUGGGGCUGGAGGUAAGAAGAAGAAGGGGAAGAAGGAAAAGAAAGAGAAGAAAGAGAAGGUCGGUGGUGGAGGCAAGAAGGGGAAGAAGGAGAAGGUGCCGUUUGAGAUGGAGGGGGAGGAUGCGGAAUGAAUGUUGAGGAGUGGUUGAUGGCAUGAGGACCAUGGAAUUGAGGAAAGUGGAGUUUGGUACGAGGCUUUAUGGGGUGUUUGGAUAAUGGGUGUAAUGCUGGCAAGCAGGUCGGCGAAAUAUUUCUACGCUAUUUCUUUGAUGUUGGAUCGGAUUGGACUCGGAUCGGGGA